UUUAUGUCUUAGCUGCAAGUUGAAGGUUGGCUAUAUGCUGCAGAUGCGACAAUUUGUCGGCAAGAAGCUGUGGCUACGAAUUGUCGGCAACUUCCAGGAAGUCACGGUAAAGCGGUAAAAGAAAAGUUCGUUGGUGGCGUCUUUGGAGUGUAGCUUUGCAGAGUGAAGCCGGGGGGCAAAUUGCAAAAAGUGGAAACAUUUGGAAGUGCAAAAAGUUGUGUGGAAAAAUUUUCAGUCCCGCAAGUUUUAGCCUCCACAGAUUUUGCUGCCCUUAGUUGCCAAAGUUGAACCAUAUCCUUCCUUGACUCAUCGCAGAAAGCAUUCCCCCAUCACCAUUGCAGAACACCUUCAUCCUAAUUCCAAUCCCAAGCGAGAAAAAAUGGCUGAUGCUGCUGUUAGUGCUACUAUUCAGGUUGCAUUGCAGGCGGUUGUUUCCCUUGCCGGUGAUCAUGUUAAUCUGGUUCGUGAAUUCCCAACGGAGCUGGAGAGACUCAACAAAUCUGCUGAAAUGAUUCGAGGCUUCUUGGCUGGUGCCGACGAGCAAAUGCAUAGCCCAGUGGUGCAAAAUUGGCUCAAGCAGCUGGAAGAAGAGGUUUUCAAAGCUGACAAUGUGCUGGACGAGCUCAACUAUGAAAAUCUUCGUCGGAAGGUGAAGUAUCAAAAUCAACUCACGAAAAAGAAGGUAUUCUUCUGCUUUUCAUUCUUUAAUAAAAUUGGUUUUCGUUGGAGGUUGGGUUCAAUGAUCAGGGAGAUCAACGCGAACCUUCAAAGGAUCCAUCAGGAUGCCGAAGGUUUGGGACUGGCCUACAAGCACCAAGUUGAAGAAGCAUUCCCUACUAUUGCUGCUGGAUCCACAACAAGCAGACAGACCGACUCUAAGAUUGUUCGAAGUGAUGUCCUAGGAAGAGACGAGGAUGAAUCAAAAAUAGUUAAGAAGUUGUUGAGCGAAUCUGAAAGUGAUAGUAUUUCAGUUAUUUCCAUAACUGGCAUGGGUGGUUUAGGCAAAACAACUCUGGCUAAAGCCGUUUUCAACACUCCACAGUUUGAUAAUCAUUUUGACAAAAAAAUUUGGGUUUGUGUGGCUGAAAAAGUAGAUAGAAUCGAGGUGGUCUUCAAAAUGAUUCUAGAAUCGUCAACAGGAAGAAAGGCUGAAGUGGAUAAUAGGCAAGUAAUAGUUGACGGAAUUGAAACUGAACUUAAGGAAAAAAGAUAUUUGCUUGUUCUUGACGAUUUGUGGAAUGAUCAAGAAGGAUUGUUGGAUGACUUUUUCACCACAUUGAAGGCACUCAAACCGAAGAAAGGGAGCUGGUGUCUGGUUACCACUCGUCUGCAAGAAGUGGCAAUUGUUCUGUCUAGACAUCCGCAGAUCAAUUUUACUCGCCAUGAGCUGGGAAAGCUAUGCGAUAAUGAUUGCUGGUCCAUCAUUAAUAAAUGGGUAAAUGUAGGGGAAGAAGUACCAAAAGACAAAAAGGAGCGAGUUUUAAGAAGAUGUGAUGGUCUACCUCUGGCAGCAAAGUUAAUUGGAGGAUUGUUAUCUAAAAAGAGAAAAGAGGAGUGGCUAUCUAUUUUGGAGGAGAGCCUCUUGAAUCGAGGUCAGGGUGGGAUCGAGCAAAUAGUUAAGGUGAGUUUUGAUCAUCUGUCACCUGCACCGGUUAAGAAAUGCUUUGCAUAUUGCUCAAUUUUUCACCAAGAUACUGAAUUGGAACAAGAUCCACUAGUUGAGCUUUGGAUGGCUGAAGGCUUUCUUCAACCGGAUUCCCAAAAUGAAAGAACGAUGGAGAAAAUAGGAUGCGAGUAUUUGAGAAUUUUGCUGCAAACUUCCUUAUUGGAAGAAGUAAAAGAGGAGAGGAGAACAUGGUAUAAAAUGCAUGACCUUGUGCAUGAUUUUGCAAAAUCAAUUUUGAAUCGUAGCAGCAGCAAUCAGGACCGUUACCUUGCGGCAUCUGAAAGAAUGGUAGAAAACAUCAACGAAAAAUCAUCAGCAUCACUUCGCACAUUAUUUCUGGAGGGUGGCAUAGCUGAUGAAACGUUAUCAAAGUUCAAAUACUUGCACGUCCUAAAAUUGUUUGGAGCAGAUGCCAAAAAGCUGCCGAAAUCCGUUGGCAAACUAAUACAUUUACACUUACUUGAUAUUUCAGGUUCCAGGAUCAGAACUUUGCCAGAAUCUCUUUGCAAACUUUAUAGUUUGCAAACACUGAGAAUUGACAGGCUUGAAAAAGGUUUUCCAAAGGAGAUGAGCAAUUUGAUUAGCAUGAGACAUCUUCACUAUUUUGAUUAUGAUAAAGGACUCGAAAUCCAAAUGCCAUCCAGGAUUGGACAAUUGACUUGUCUUCAAACGCUAGAGUUCUUUAACAUAGGUCGUCAAGAGGAAGGUCGUGGUAUCCAAGAACUUGGAACCUUGCAAGAUCUUAAAGGCUCCUUGGAGAUCAGAAAUCUUGAAUUAGUAAAUGGCAAAGAUGAUGCUGAACUGGCGAAGCUAUCUAAAAAGCCAAAUCUGCAUCGGUUGGUAUAUGAGUGGCGCAAUAGGUAUUGGGGAAGUGAUAAUUGUGAUGAAGAUGUGUUGGAAGGCCUCCAACCUCACCCAAAUUUAAAAGAGUUACAAAUUUUGAAGUUCAUGGGUGAUCGGUUUCCACAAUGGUUCAUGAAUUUGACAUUGACAUCACUAGUGGAGUUGCGUGUGGCGGAUUGCACAAGAUGCAGAGAACUCCCUGCGCUAGGACAGCUGCCAUUCCUCCAGCGCCUCUAUUUGACUGGAUUGGAAAACAUAAGAGGCAUUGGGCUUUCAUUCUACAAUAUAAGUGCUGAGGAGGACGGCGGAUCAGAAGGUUCAAGCAGACAAACAUUCUUUCCAGCCCUUAAAAAACUCUCUCUUGAAAGCAUGAAAAAUUUGGAAGAGUGGAAGGACGCACACGAAAUGAUGUCAACCGCAGGUGAAGUACAUGUGAUGGAUGUGUUUCCCGUGCUGGAAAAGUUGUCUAUCAGUGAUUGCCCCCAGCUGACCACCAUUCCAACUCCAAGUCACUUCCCGAGUCUUGAUGUAUCGGAAAUCAAAAGGAAUUGCCAUGUUUUGCUGGCAGAAAAGGUUUUGAGCAAUAUAGCCAAUCUCUCGUCCCUUACAUUAAGUGGUAGUUUUCGUCAACGCUUCGAGUCUCUAAAAUUAGUGAAACGAUCAGAGAGCAGCUUGAGUAUUUAUGGCUGUGACAGUCUACCCACUGAUAUGCUUGAGCGACUGUGUCUUUUUCCAACUCUUCAGCAUGUAGAAUUGAUGGAUGCCGCUAAUGUAACAACAUUAAGAGGAAUGAGUUGCUCCGCUUGUCUUGAGAGAUUGACAGUCAUUCGUUGUUACAAUUUAUGGGAGUUUCCAGAACAUUUUUAUCAAUUUCAAGCUUUAGAGUACUUGAUGAUAUGGGGUUGCCCGAGAAUUAAUUCAUUUGGGUAUCCAAAUCCUAAAAAUUCAUUUGGACAGAAAGGCCUCCUUAAGUCUCUUGAGCGAUUUACUGUCGGUAGGUGCGAUGCAUUAACAAGAUUACCAGUGGAGAUGUUCGAGUCGUGUACGUCUCUCCGAGAGCUGAAUUUGUCCUAUUGCCGUAGUCUGGUCUCCUUUUCCCUUGAUUUGCGACGAACCCCUUCUCUCGAGAGCUUCUCAUUAUAUGGGUGUUCCGACUUGAUUACUGAGAUGCCUAGUGGAUUUGGCUAUCUUACCGGCUUAAGGAAAGUGAAGAUUGGGCCCUUCUCAGAUGACUCUGCAAUCGAAUUUGAUUGGGCUGGAUUAGCAUCUUCAUCAUCACUGCAACACGUGUCUUUGCAGGGAAUGCGUGACACGAAAUCUCUGCCACAUCAGCUUCAAGACUUGACUACCAUCACAUCACUAUCUCUAAAACGCUUCAACGCAAUCGAAGCCUUACCAGAUUGGCUUGGGAACCUUGCGUCUCUUGAAGAGCUAAUCCUCCGUAGAUGCCCAAAGCUUGAAUAUUUACCCUCCGUAGAUGCCAUGGAACGCCUCAAAUUAAGACGUCUGGUAAUUCGUAGUUGUCCUCUAUUAAAACCAAGAUGCACUCCUGAAAGCGGCUCCGAGUGGUCCAAGAUCUCUAAUAUUCCAGAGCGUGAAAUUGAUCUCGACACAAGUGACAGUGAAGCAGCUUAUGAAACAUUGUGAAAGGCUCGAAAGUGUGCUACUUUUCUAUUUUGUGAAUUGGAUUGACAAUAUUAUGGCCACAAGGGGAAUUGGUCCAAGUGUAAUUGGGCCUAAAUGCAGGGUGGUAUCUGCACUAAAUUUGUUUAGGAAGUAGAGAUUAUGCUCUUUGGACAAAGAACACCAAGGUUCCCGAGUUGUUCUUAUGAGAAUGUCAAGAGGGAGGAGUUAUCUUCACUUAUCAGUCAGGUUUUGAAGAUGGAAGGUAGUUAUCUGUGAUUUUUCCCACCAGAAUGCCAUAUGUUGCUCAGAAUGUGGAAAUGAAGCAUGCUGAAAACAGAGUGGCUUGUGCCAGGCUUGUAGAAAGUAGUAUGGAUUGAGAAGAAUUAGAGGGGAGCAAACUGGACGUGCUACCAAGGUACAAGACUUGCUUGAAGAAAACUGGACGUGCUAAUACUUUAGUUCCAGAGGUGACAAGAUUUGAUGGAAAGAAGUUAGACAUUGUAGACAGCAUUGGUGAUCAUUUGGACGACAUAAACGAAGCAUGCGAUUGCAGUGUCAGUCGUUCAUUUGGAUGGAAUCAAUUCAAAGUUUUGGUGCUGCAAUUGCAGCGGCAAAAAUUUAUACCUUCCCACUCAAGAACAAGAGGGACUCAUUAUGCAACUGUGCUGACAGUUAGUCAUUCCAGAAAGCAGUGGUUUCCAAGCAAAAAUGUAUGGAUGGUGAUGUGGUAGACAAUUGUUCUCUUAAGGAGUGAAGAUCAAUCUUCUGGGAAGCAAUAUGUGACAGAGUAGAUGAAGAGGAAGCAGACAUCAUCUCGUUGGAAAAAGAACAACAUGGUUCCCUGUCGUUUUGUGAGAAUGUCAAAAGGAAGAAAUUACUGUCACUCGGCAGGCAAGUUUCGCAGAUGAAGAUGGUCAUCAAUUAUAGUUAUUUUGCUCAUUAAUUUGCACUAGCAUUGAUGGAGGCUUCUCAAACAUCAUGUAGAAAAACUGAAAGUGUUAUGGUUCUGUAGUGCUCGGAAUGCAGAAAUGAAGGUAAUGAUUUGGCUAAACUUUUUGUUAGCCUGUUUCGAUUUUUUUUUUUCUUUAUCUAUCUUCUGGAAAUGUAAUUUGGUUAAGAAGAAGAGAAGAUUUGAUGAUGGAAGCUAGAUGUUGAAGAUAGCAGUAACAGUCAUUGGGAAAGCAAAAGCAAAGCAUGUAGUGGGAUGGCAGAAAUUCAAAGAUUAUGUGCUGCAAGAAUAUGUAUUCACAUGCAAGGGUUUCUAAGCCCUCGUUCAAAGGUUCAAGGAAGCACUGCCGCUAGAUCAUGCAAUGUCUUUCACAAUUGGACAAUGGACUAUACAUUUCCACCCAAAAAUAAGAGAGAUUCAUGAUGCGCUUCUGCUAACAGUUGAUUAUUCCAGGUGUUGAAUUUGUCAAGGUAAACUAACAUACAUUUACCAUAACACCUUGUUGGGUUUUAACUUAUUUUUUUUAUUUGAAUAGUAGAAUGUUAGAAAUUUUUAACUUAAAUAAGCAAUAAACAAGUGCUUUUCAAGAAUUUUUCAAUCUUGCAUGCACAGUCUGUCAAUCUCUAUCAUAUGCCAAGCAUGUUCAUGUUUUGCUUUUGAAGUCAAUUUAGUUCUCUAAUCAGUAUAGUGCUUGUGAUAAUCUGGUCCACAAGCCAAUUUAGUCCUUGGAUGUUUAAUUGCAUCUCUAGUUCUUGUACAUCAAUACUCUUUUGCUCCGGUUCGUGUAUUGCUCAGGUCCACACCUUGCAAAUUGUAUCUGUUGACGUCAUCGUCAUUUGACCAAAUCUAGUUCGCUUUAUCUAGUUCAUCAGUACUAUACUGUUAUUUGUCCACUCCUUUGUGUAUAUUUUUGGUUAUUUGUCAUCUCCAAUGGC